ACAGGAAGAUCACACCAUCACUCACCAUCAUCAGGGUGAAGAUCUGAUGAACAUGAAAGUUGAGGGUGAAGUAGAAGAGACGUAUGUGAGGGAUGAUCAGCAAUAUACGGAGGAGGAGGAUGGAAUGACGAGGACAUUCAAAGAGGAGGACACUCCUACAGAGAUCAGCACAGGACACGCCAUUGAAAAACCCUCAAAGGAUCAUCUCACUUUAUCUCCAGGUUGUAAAAUGGAAGAUGAGGACAUCACAAGAGAUUGUUCAGGAGAAAAGACAAUGAGCUCAGCUAUGGAUGGAGGACUUCACAGUGUGGAUAGACCGUCAAAUCCCUCUGACUCUGAGCAACCUCAUACUGUGAGGGAUGGUGCCGGAAUUCAGGGGGAGGACAAAUGUUCCUGUCCUGAAUGUGGGAGAAGUUUUGUCUCUGAAUUAGGUCUUGCUGUACAUCAGAGAUCUCACACGGGUGGGAAGUCUAAUUCCUGUUCUGUGUGUGGGAAAUGUUUUUCACACAAAUCGGAGCUACUAAUACAUCAGAGAUCUCACACAGGCGAGAAGCCAUAUUCCUGCUCUGAGUGUGGGAAUUGUUUUUCGAAGAAGUCCAGUCUUUACAGACAUCAGAUGAUUCACACGGGGGAGAAACCGUAUUCCUGCCCUGAGUGUGGGAAAUGUUUUUCACAGAAUUCAGACCUUGUUAGACAUCAAAGAUCUCACACUGGGGAGAAACUGUAUACCUGCCCUGAGUGUGGGAAUUUUUUUUCACAAUUGUCCCAUCUUUACAUACAUCUGAGGUCUCACAAGGGGAAGAAGCUAUAUUCCUGUCUUGAGUGCUGGAAAUGUUUUUCACGGAAAUCAGGUCUAGUUAUACAUCAAAGAUCUCACACAGGGGAGAAGCCGUAUUCCUGUUCUGAGUGCGGGAAAUGUUUUUCAGAUAAGUAUGGUCUUUCCAGGCAUCAGAGGAUUCACACGGGGGAGAAGCCACAUUUGUGUUCAGAAUGUGGGAAAUGUUUUUCAACUAAAUCAGCUCUUGUUACACAUCAAAAAUCUCACAGAAGGGAGAAGCCGUGUUCUUGUCCUGAGUGAGGCAAAUGUUAUACAAAGGAAUACGAUUUUGUUAUGCAUCAAACAUCUCACAUAGAGGAGAAGCCUAUUCCUGUGAGUGUGGGAUUUUUUUUACAGGAAUCAGAUCACGUUAUACAUCAGAGAUCGCACACAGGGGAGAAGCCAUAUUCCUGCCCGGACUGUGGGAUCUCUCUGAGAAAGGUUGUUAGGCUGCUUAGAUAAAAGUACAGAGUUUGUGAA